UGGAGCAGUCGAGGAGAUCGGAAGUGUAGUUCGUACGUCGCGUUUCGAGUGCUAAUUUUCGGUGAAAAAUAGUGCAAAUCUUGGCUUUUACUACCAAUUUCGUUGAGUAAAGUCCAAACGAACCGUACAUUAAGUGAUCCUAUCCGUGUAAGGUAGCAAAAUCACCCCAGUCCGAUUGGGGGUGGCUCACGGUAGCACCCUUAUCUGUCACAAGGAUAAAGGGUCUCGCCUUCCCCCUUACACCGUCGCGUCGGCAGUCGGUUAUUCGCGUAUCGCGCACCCGCGUGAAAACGGUAUUAAAUAAAAUAGUCCGAAUAGCGUGUUUCAACGAAGGAAACAUCAAUCUUGUGUCUCCCCUUAGGGGGAAGGAAUCGACAGAAGAGAACUUUCUUCUGCUUGUGUACUUGCAGACUAGAAUAGUCGUGUGUGUCGUAAAGUGCUUGAUAAAUUAAUUGAACGAAUAAACUCCCGGGCGAAGAAUACGCCGGGACCGGUUCGCGAUGACCCCUUGCCGUGCGGCGACAAUGUUCGCACUAGUGUGUAUGGUUUUGCUAAGUGGUUUCAAUUGCUUAAACGCUGUGGAAGCCGCAUCCAAGGUCGACGACUCGAAAGGUCCAGUGUUUCUAAAGGAACCAACGAAUAGAAUCGACUUUUCGAACUCCACCGGAGCCGUGGUGGAAUGUAGCGCAACUGGAAACCCACCGCCGGAAAUGAUCUGGAUUCGUUCGGAUGGUACAGCCGUCGGUGAAGUACCCGGACUGCGGCAGAUUCUUCCGAAUGGGAAUCUAGUGUUUCCACCCUUCCGAGCCGAGGAUUACCGACAGGAUGUACACGCACAGGUCUAUGCCUGUAUGGCCAAGAACCAGUUCGGAUCGGUCAUUUCGCGGGAUGUCAAUGUCAGAGCUGUCGUUCAACAGUACUACGAAUCCGAGGUGAAUAAUGCGUACGUAAUCCGCGGUAAUGCAGCAAUCUUGAAAUGUUCCAUUCCUUCAUUCGUGGCGGACUUCGUCUCCGUUGUGUCCUGGAACGAUGACUCAGGCAGCGUUUAUCAAUAUCUAGGCAACAGCAGUCACGUAGAGGAUUUCGAAACUGAUGGCAAGUACAUGGUCCUACCAUCGGGAGAGCUGCACAUCCGUGAAGUUGGACCCGAGGAUGGCUAUAAAAGCUACCAGUGCCGAACCAAACACCGGCUUACCGGAGAAACUCGGCUUUCGGCUACCAAAGGACGUCUCGUUAUUACAGAACCACUUGGUAGGGUAGCCCCGAAGCGCUCGUCCACCUCGAAGAUCUUUACGGCGGAAGCAAGACGCAGGAAAACGAUAGCCCUGUUAUGCUCUGCCCAGGCAUUCCCGGUACCCAUAUUUAGGUGGUACAAAUACAUCGAAGGCACCACACGAAAGCAGGCGGUAGUGCUGAACGAACGCGUUAAGCAGGUCUCCGGAACGCUGAUCAUCAAAGAUGCCGUUGUGGAUGAUUCUGGAAAGUACCUGUGCGUCGUUAACAACUCGGUCGGUGGAGAAAGCGUCGAAACCGUGUUGACAGUGACGGCUCCACUGGCGGCCAAAAUUGAACCGCGUACCCAAACCGUCGAUUUCGGGCGUCCGGCUGUGUUUACGUGCAAAUUUUCGGGUAAUCCUAUCAAGACUGUUUCGUGGAUGAAGGAUGGUAAAUCACUGGGACACAGCGACGCAGUACUGCGGAUAGAGUCAGUCAAGAAGGAAGAUAAGGGCAUGUAUCAAUGUUUCAUCCGAAACGAUCAGGAAAGUGCGCAGGCUAGCGCAGAACUGAAACUGGGAGGACGAUUUGAUCCGCCGGUUAUUCGUGAAGCAUUUCCCGAAGAAACUCGUCACCCGGGACCUUCGGUAUUCCUAAAGUGUGUCGCUGGAGGUAAUCCAACUCCGGAAAUUUCUUGGGAGCUGGAUGGAAAGAAAAUCACCAAUAGCGAACGCUAUCAGGUUGGUCAGUACGUGACGGUCAACGGAGAUGUCGUGUCUCAUCUGAACAUAAGCACAAUCCACUCGAACGAUGGCGGUUUGUACAAGUGUAUCGCAAGCAGCAAAGUUGGCGUUGCGGAACAUUCGGCGAAAUUGAAUGUAUACGGUCUACCGUACGUGAGGACGAUGGAAAAGAAAUCAAUCGUCGCUGGGGAAACGCUAUUCGUAACCUGUCCGGUGGCCGGUUACCCAAUCGAUUCGAUUGUAUGGGAAAGAGACAACCGACAACUGCCAAUCAACCGCAAGCAGAAAGUGUUUCCCAAUGGAACGCUGAUCAUUGAGAAUGUUGAGCGGAACUCCGAUCAGGCUACCUACACUUGUGUAGCGAAGAAUUCGGAAGGUUAUACCGCUCGGGGGACACUGGAAGUUGCUGUGAUGGUGCUGCCGCAAAUCGUACCGUUCAGCUUCGGCGAGGAACAAGUUAAUCAGUACGACAUGGUAUCGGUGAUGUGCACCGUUAAUAAAGGCGACAUGCCAAUCGACAUCAGCUGGGAGUUUACGUCAUCGGACAUGCUGAAACCGCAAACGCCACGAAAGCUCUUUACUAGCGAUGGAAUUUUGCUCAGUCGAGGAAGUGCACGCAUCAGCACACUAAGCAUCGAUUCGGUUCGAGACAGACACAGUGGCAAUUAUACUUGUAGAGCGAAGAAUCCAGCUGGUGCUGUGGAAUUUACGACCACGCUUUCUGUAAAGGUUCCACCAAGGUGGAUUCUCGAGCCAACCGAUAAAGCUUUCGCACAAGGUUCGAACGCAAAAGUCGAAUGCAAAGCCGAUGGGUUCCCGAGGCCUCUUGUUAGCUGGAAGAAGGCCAUCGGUGAUACCCCCGGAGAGUACAAAGAUCUCCGAUCGAACGAUUCAAGCAUCCGCGUAGAGGAAGGAUCACUGUUCAUCAACAACAUCCAGAAGUCUAACGAAGGCUACUACCUGUGCGAGGCAAUCAACGGCAUCGGUUCUGGUCUGAGUGCGGUCAUUUUGAUCAGCGUUCAGGCACCACCCGAGUUUACUGAGAAAUUGCGAAACCAAACUGCUCGACGAGGUGAACCAACGGUGCUGCAGUGUGAAGCGAAAGGCGAGAAACCGAUCGGAAUCCUGUGGAAUAUGAACAAUAUCCGUCUUGAUCCAAAAUCCGAUAACCGUUACACUAUUAGAGAGGAAAACCGCCCUGAUGGAGUUAUGUCGAGUCUUUCAAUCAAGCGUACCGAACGGAGUGACUCUGCGCUGUUCACUUGCAUGGCGACUAACGCAUUCGGAAGUGAUGACUCCAGUAUCAACAUGAUUAUUCAGGAAGCUCCGGAGAUGCCAUACGCUUUGAAAGUUUUAGAUAAAUCUGGCAGAACAGUACAGCUAAGUUGGGCUAAACCAUACGGCGGAAACUCUCCACUGAAACGAUACAUCAUCGAAUUCAAACGAUCUCGAGGAACCUGGGAGAAUGACGUUGAUCGCGUAAUCGUACCAGGGCACACCAAUGAAGCUCAAGUUCAGAAACUUAGCCCGGCUACAACGUAUAACAUUCGAAUCGUUGCCGAAAACGAAAUUGGCGUAUCAGACUCAUCGGAGGUAGUCACAAUAAUCACGGCUGAAGAGGCUCCAUCCGGUAAAACUCAGGCUAUCAAGGUUGAACCGAUUAAUCAGACAACAUUGCGUGUUAGUUGGAAGGCUCCGCCUCGCGCCGAAUGGAAUGGAGAUAUUCUUGGAUACUAUGUAGGGUUUAAGCAGACCUCGCAGAACUCGUCUUAUAUCUAUGAAACAGUCAACUACUCGCUGGAAGGUGGAGAAGGAAAGGAACAUAGUUUGGAAAUUAAUAAUCUGAAAACCUACACACAAUACUCGAUCGUAAUUCAAGCCUUCAACAAGGUCGGAGCAGGUCCAAUGAGUGAAGAAGAGAAACAGUACACCGCGGAAGGUACUCCAGAUCAACCACCAAGUGACACAAUGUGUACGACUUUGACAUCCCAAACAAUUCGCGUUUCGUGGGUGAGCCCUCCACUAGAAUCUGCAAAUGGUGUAAUCAAGGGAUACAAGGUUGUAUACGCACCGAGCGAGUUGUGGAAUGACGACAAAAAUAAAGACUACAAGAAGACAGCCUCCAGCGACACCGUUUUACAUGGACUAAAGAAAUACACUAAUUAUACAAUGCAGGUUUUAGCUACUACCUCAGGAGGUGACGGAGUUCGCAGUGCUCCUAUCCACUGUCAAACCGAACAGGAUGUUCCAGAAGCUCCUACAGCUGUCAAAGCUCUUGUUAUGUCCGAAGGAUCUAUACUGGUGUCGUGGUUACCACCAUCUCAGCCGAACGGAGUUAUCUUGCAAUAUACCGUUUAUAUCAAGAGUGGCGAACCGGAACCCAAAAGUCACAAAGUGCCUGCUUAUCAGAUGAGCUACGAAGCAUCAAACCUUGACAAGAGUACACAGUAUAGCUUCUGGGUAACCGCAAGUACAACAAUUGGUGAAGGACAACGCUCGAAAACGCUGUCAGCCAAGCCAAGUGAUAAGGUUCCUGCCAAAAUUGCCUCCUUUGACGAUACGUUCACUGCAACCUUCAAGGAAGACGCCAAAUUACCUUGUCUUGCUGUUGGAUCCCCAACUCCAGAUAUUACAUGGAAAAUCAAAGGACAGGAAUUUGUUCCCAAUGAACGAAUUCGACAGCUUCCUGAAGGUUCUCUAUUUAUCAAAGACGUCAUCAGACAGGAUGCCGGAGACUAUACUUGUACAGCCGAAAACUCGAUCGCCAAAGAUUCUAUUACCCACCGACUGAUAGUUCUCGCACCGCCACAAUCUCCUCAACUAUCACUCACUGCCACCACCACCGACUCACUAGCUGUUAAGCUAAAACCCCACGAAUCAGACACUGCCCCUCUGCAAGGCUAUACUCUUCACUACAAACCGGAAUUCGGUGAAUGGGAAACGAUCGACGUAGCACUGGAAGCUCCUAAAUAUACCAUAGAAAAUCUGUACUGCGGGUCCCGGUAUCAGGUAUAUUCAACCGCCUAUAACACUAUUGGUGCGGGUGAACCGUCCGAUAUCCUGAACACACGAACUAAGGGCUCGAAACCACUGCUCCCGGAAAAAUCACGCUUUAUUGAAGUCUCAUCGAAUUCGAUUACGCUACACCUACCUGCCUGGAAAGACGGAGGUUGCCGAAUGUCGCACUUUGUUGUGGAACACAAGAAAAAGGAUCAAAUAGACUGGAAUCAAAUCUCGAAUAAUGUAAAACCUGGUGGCAACUUUGUCGUGUUAGAUUUAGAGCCUGCAACCUGGUACAAUCUGCGCGUAACCGCACAUAACAAUGCUGGUUUCACCGUAGCCGAGUAUGAAUUCGCCACACUCACCAUCACCGGAGGUACGAUCGCUCCCAAUUUAAGCUCGAUUCAGCCGGGUAUCGUGUACCCGCCCUGGAUCCCUCACUGGAUCGAUCUGAACGUAAUGGUUCCGCUGAUCGCGACCAUUAUCGUGGUGGCGGUAGGUGUCCUUGUGAUUUGCGUAGCGCUCUCACGACGGCGAGACGACGAUCCACGAUGCGGCCCGAAGGAUGUUUAUUACGAUGUCGUCUAUAAUCAGUCGAUGGGACCGGCUGGUGCUGCUACACUGGACAAGCGUCGACCAGACAUACGGGACGAGCUGGGUUACAUUGCUCCACCAAACAGAAAGCUUCCACCGGUGCCCGGAUCCAACUAUAAUACAUGCGACCGAGUCAAGCGAGGAACCGUGAUAAGCCACAAUCAUAACAAUAAAUCAAAUCACUCGACCUGGGACCCUCGCCGGCCAUUGUACGAAGAGCUGAAGAACGUGGCACCUUCGACUGCGAGACGUUGCAACCAUCCGCCAGCGUGUUACGGUAUGGAGGACGAAAUUUGCCCGUACGCCACUUUCCAUCUUCUGGGCUUCCGCGAGGAGAUGGACCCUACCAAGGCCAUGAAUUUCCAGACGUUCCCUCAUCAGAACGGCAUGGGCGGCCCUGGUCACAUGGGAACUAUGGGUUCUAACAUGGCCAUGCCCGUGUCGAACACUGUGCACUCGCGUUCCGGAUCACAGUCAAUGCCACGCCAGAACCGAUAUGCACGCAAGAAUAGUCAGGGAGGACAGAGCAGUAUCUACACUCCGGCACCGGAGUAUGAUGACCCAGCGAACUGUGCCGAGGAGGAUCAAUAUAGACGCUACACUCGCAUCAAUUCUCAAGGAGGAUCAAUGUACUGCGGGCCUGGUCCGGAGUACGACGAUCCGGCCAAUUGUGCACCAGAAGAAGACCAAUACGGAUCGCAGUACGGUGGAAACUAUGGCACCCCGUACGAUCACUAUGGAUCCCGAGGAUCUGUUGGCCGUCGCAGUGUGGGAUCUCCGGAACCACCACCACCACCGCCACGUAACCACGACACCAGCAAUUCGUCCUUCAACGAUUCUAAGGAAAGUAACGAAAUUUCGGAAGCAGAGUGCGACCGAGACAAUGGGCCGCGAGGCAACUAUGGCGCUACGGAGAAAUCUACCGAUGCUCUCAAUGCCGAGGAGACAGAGAAAUUACUGAAAAGAAACGAAGUCAAACCCAAGUACGCCAAACAAACAGCAGCCCCCGCCGGUACAGGACUCACAGCCUACGAUACUAUGGCAGUGUAAUCUGUAAGCGGUUCAUCCGCAGCUAGACAGCCGAUCAUGAUCAACCAGUAGUAGUUCCCCAAUUUCCAAACUCCAUCAUUCUGUAAGUUUUUGCUCCCGGAUCUCUACCGAAGAGACUGACAAAAAAACAUGCGUAUAACUCACAAAAACAGCUGCGGCACGACCAGGAGCUACGGGAAAACGUCCACGCUGUCGCUGUGGCGGAUGCGACCAUCAUCAAACUACCUUUGAAUCAACGCCUCAAGUCGCCAUCAAAAUCCGGACAGAUUGUCUAUUGUACAAUUAUUCUUCAAAUUGUGAAUCAGUGUCUAUAGGUGUAUCAAUACUGUGUAUGAGAAACUUCAGUCUUCGCAUUGUGUAUCCUAGGUUUAAUACGACUGUAUUUUAUAUUAAUUUGUGAUCGAUUAGGUUUUGUUUUUAAAAAGACUCGAGAAUGUGUCUUCGGAUUAUGAUUGCGCUUGGACGAACGCUCCUCUAUCAACGUUCAUAUGUAUAUCGAAACAAGCAUGAUAAGCAAAAUUAGUCCUAAACCUAACCAAUUUUACUGAAACAAAAAAAGAACUAUUCAUCGACUACACUAAGCAAAUAACACUACCUUUUACAGUACUGACAGCUACCUAUAUUAAACUCCCGAUAACAUAAACGAAAAAGUGACAGACGGGGAGGGUAUAAAAUCAAAUAUUUAAAUAAAAGAUACUAACGAUCAUGUAAUGAUGUAACUUGAUGGCACCAGGAGACGACAAAAACCGGACGAAAGGGACUGGGCCGCAAAAAGUAUACAUUUGCAUAUACGCAUAAUUAGAAAGUAGAACAGGACUUUAGACAGUGACGCUUGGGCGUAGAUCUACUACCGACGUACGACGAGCGAGCGGGAAAAUGUGUGAGAAAGAUCGAGUGAAAAAGAUUAAAAUGGACAUGAACAAACAGAAGUAAUGAUUACUGCGGAACAAAUUAAAUUUCUUCGUCCCUAAAACCAUUGCGAGCGAUAAUUAAUGAGUAUAAUGUAGCAAUGGGCGAUGGUAGAUUUAACCAUCGACCGUGUGAUGAUGAUGCUAUUGAAGAUAAAAAAUGUAGGUUAUAGUUGGUUGUCUUAAGACGAAGAUUCGAUGGAAAUUGCAGGCGAAGUUGAGGACGUAAAAAUAAACACAAAAAUGGCAUAGAGUAGGGUAGAAGGCAUGGUUUGUAUCUUUUUGCUUGCUUUUCGCACAGCUUAGCAUACCGUGAGAAUUGAACGUGUUAGUGUUUAGGUUUAUGAUGAGUUAUUUUAACAAAUGAAAUCGAGCUUUAAUUUUGCUGUCCGGCGGGCUGAAAUCUUUUUGCACUGUUUCAACCAAGAAUAGAACCUCUGGGAACUGCUCCCAUGUCGUAAGAGGCGACUAACAACAUGCUAGGAGUUCCUAGGCCGACGUUUUGCUCCGUACCGAAGACUUAAUCUGGACGGACCUUAAGGUUUUCCAUAUUACCCUCUUUCCAGUCUGUAUUUAGUGAAUCACUGACAUAUACUCACCUUUUCUGAUUCGCCUUUCUUGAUUGUGUACCAACGUUUUAAGUUUCUUCUGGCGGUUGUAUAUUAGCCGUAAAUGACGAAAUCUAAUUCUACACUAAGUAACAGAAUAUAUUAAUAUACCGGCACUUCCACGCCAAGGUUUAACUUCCAAAGCUUUGGUUUAAAAACCGUUUUUAAAAAAUGGAAACUUUCAUGUAGGAAAUUUAUUGAAUUGGCCUAAGAUGGAGCUGUCGAAUUUCACAAAAAGCUUUUUAUGUUGCAAGUGAUCUGUAGUUGUGUUAAAUUAGGUAUUUUUCUAUUAUAUUUGGAACCGUCUACCGACAAAUCUACAUUUACGAAUACCUCCAAAAGUGACUCCUUGAGGUCUCAUGAAGGCCUGACACUAGCUUUAUGAUACUUUUGCUUUUCUAAACUGUAAUAAAAAUCUCAACAUUCAAGAACUUCACUUUGUCAGAAAAUGUAGGGCCAUCGGAAGCUAAAACUUCGUAAAAUCGCACUCCUGGUCCUUUUUUCAGUGCAGUACUCUACGUCAUUCGUUCAAAUUUGCACCGCUCUUAUGGUAGUCGGUAUUUGCUAGUAUUACUGUUCUUCCAUCCAUUCUGGUAGUCAAACGGUGGGAUAGCAAAAUUCUUACAAGUUUCCUAUCUCAUGCCUCCACGCGAGUCUAAGUCUAUUGAUGACAUUUGGUCCUUAGACCGCAGAAUGAGAGGGUGCGAACAGAAUGAGAGGGUGCGAACAGAUCUAGUCGAGAAAACAUUGCCGUAAAAUGAAUAGUUGAUCGGAAAUUAGCCCCAAUACGACUAAUCUGACUAGUAUCUAUGAACACGGGUCAAUACGUAUUGAAAAUUCGCCGCGUCUGUUUUUAUGAACCUAAUUUAAAGCUCCGUUAUUGCUAACAAGCCCGUGCAUCAGGUUAACAAUCCUUUAUAUUUCCCUUCAGUGUUCGGUAUUAUCGCUCGUAUACUUGUAUUCCACAAACAAUCCGAUAUGGAAAAUAAGAAAUACUUUCCUUGAUUUAUAACAUCUCUCGCUAUUUUUGCCUGUAUAAUGUGUUAUCACUCGGUAGUUUUCAAGCCAAUAAAUAUAUCGUAGAGAAGAAGUAGCGAAUUCUGUCCAAAUACUGUUGCAAUAAAUAGUGAUCCGGCCCAUUACGCGGAUAAGAUUAGCUUUUCUAGGCAAUACUCCCACGGUCGGCCGUGUGGAGUUCAAAUUGCUUUUGUUUAGGGAACAUAGUAUACUCUCGGUAGCCGGCUGCCCAGAGUUUAAAAAUAACCAAAAACUAAACAAGAUCAUCUCUUUUUCGAGUGAUCGUGCACUCCAAGACUAACUAAACAACUACCUAAUAAAACAUGCUUUACAGGUCGCAUCGUUUGCUUGGAGCGAAUCCUAGACCUGAUACCCUUCCAAACCACCAACUCCGCGACACCUAUGGAAGAGUCUGAUGAAUCGUCGUCCUUCCGUUAAGUAGGUGGAGCAUCAACACUUCCCGUCUACCUUAUCCUUUAUCCUUCCCCGUGAACGAUGGAGAUGGGGGCGGCCGGCAAUGAUGGCUAUCAUGCUGUUGAGGUUUUAAUAUGGGUCGGAUUGGUAUGAAUUCCUACUUACCACUUCCUAAGCAACUCUUAUUAGAUAAUCAGCAGUCAAACAUGAUGAAGUCAGUGUGCAAUCCGCCAAAAUCAUCGUCACAACGCAACGCAACGCAACGCAACGCAAAUGAAAUCGAGCUUUAAUUUUGCUUCCAAGCGAGCAUAUCCUUAGUGUUAAGCAUUUUGUUUUCCCGUGGUGUCAUAUGAUUUGCUUAUUUCAGCAUACAUUUAUACGUUACGCAACUAAAUUUAUUAGAAUUAACAAUUGCUGUGAGAAAUGAAAAUACCAAAAAAAGGAAAUUCAAACAAGACAUAAGAAACGAAACGUCGAUUGCUCAAUUUUUCCGCCGUGUGUGUGUUUGUUGCACCCCUUUUGCCAUUGGGGCGUGUUUGAUAGAACGAAGAAAACACCAGAGCAUCAGAUCGUAGAUAUAGAUAGCUUUCGCGUAGUGAACGUAGCGUCUUGCUUGAUGAUAGAUUUAUUUAUUUGUGCCUAUCGAACACAAUUAACUAGAAUGUAGAGACAAACUUGGACAGUGCACAUUGGUUACAUUGGCGUGAACAGAAUUUGAUUAGGUCGAUGGCAGGCGAACGUGUAAAACAAAGCAACGGCGAACGAACCUCACGCUCGAUUCACUGGUUUCAAAUCGAGCUGAUAUUUAAAGUAGAUAUUCCUAUAGAGUUCUUUACUAACAACGUUAAUCUCAGUUUUUUAGCACUUUGCUGCUACUGUUUACAUUGACGUAUUUGUCAUAAAUUCGGUUCUUUGAAAUCAAAUCUCUUAGGAAAGUUGUUGACAAUAUGGAACCUACCUACCCUCUAGAAUCUGGAUUUAUCCAUUGAUGAAGUAUUAUUCCUCGCAGGUCCACACAAUUCUUUUUCUGCCUCCUCCUGGGCGGUUCUUAAACUCAUUGUACCGUGUUAUAGCAUCGUGAACAGUUCUUGCCCUUUUCAAUGUUUUCGCGGUACAUUUCAGUACAGUCGAUUUUACGCAUAACUUUAUUGUCACAUUAAGCAAGAAAUGAUUUGUUAAACUUUCUGCAUUUUUUGUGAUGCACCAAGAUCUAAAUUGACACAAGUGUGCUCAUUUCAUUUAUGAAGUUUUCUAUCAACUGAUACUUAACAUCGUUAAACCAUACAACUAUUCAAGAUGCUUCACACCCAAAUCGCUGAGCAGCUGCACACAUGUUCCAUUUUUUGAAAUAUAAUACUCUUCAGCUGAAAUUCUGUUCAAGUUGUCUUUUCUACACUCAAGUUGAUUGCGUCACUUCCACAAAAUUCACAAAUCCUACAAGCUCUGACGGUUGUGAAAAGGGACCAAUCCCUUGAAACUGCCUUUAAAAUAAAAUUACCGUAUCCGGUUGCGUUGACUUCACCUUACAGUCCCCAUUACUAGCAAUUUGGUUACAUUUAUGCUUGUGCCAGAAUAUUAAGUAGAUUGCAGUUGACACAGUAGUGACUAAAGCACACUGUAAAUUGAGUAAAUGGUAAACUCCAUCUUCCGUCUUGAGGCAACCAUCAUACUUGCGGCACGCGGAGCCGUCUAGCGGCGCUCGUUAGAAAUGGUUCAAGAGCAGCGUAAGAACAAGAACAAAAGCAUUUAUAUAAAUAAUGAUAUCCUUUUUUGCUAGGUAUGUUUAUAUAUAACUAAUAAAAUAACUACAAGUUACUGUAAACGAUUAUAAUACUUCCUACUCAAGUAACCAUUAACACACAUACACACAAAAAAACUUUUGAACUCAGUUAUUAUAGAGGAAACUAACACAAAUAACAACGGAUCACUUUUGUAAUUUAUUGAACAUAGUCAAGUAAGUGAAUAGGAACAAAUUUUUAUAAUGUGUGAUGAACUUUUUCGGUACUACUACUCGUUUUAUGGGUUUUCCAUUUUCCACUCUUUGUAUAAAUUGUACUUCUGUACCCUGGUAUCAACUACUUUUUGGUCAAAUGAUCUGAGAAAAAAGCGUGAUUGAACAAAUUAUUUAAUAAAACUGAAAACUAAAGACUAUUGCGAUUACCAAAAUUAUAAAAAUACAAAAUAUGUAACGUAAUUGUAACGCAUUUGGUAUUCACUCAUAACAUAGCAAGCUAAACCAAUCCAAAACAAAGACAUAAUGCAGUGUUUUCCACCUAAUAGUGAAGUUACGAGACAAACAAAUACCGUGUUGAUUAAAACAGAGGCAAAAAAUUAUAGAUAACAAGUUACACUUAAAUAACGUUUGGACAAAAAAACAAGCAAAAAUACGAAAAUCAAAUGUUGGAAACUGUUCGGAGCAAAAUUAUCUAGAAACUGUAGCAAAGAAUUAAACCAGUUGAAGAGGAAGAGCUUAUAAUUCUAGUAACAUCACAUAGAUCAAACCCAACUACUUUUCGGCAAGCUGUUUUCCCAAAUUUGCUUCUCUCGUUCGUCGGUUGGGGAGCCGCAUUCUAGUCAACAUCUACAGCUUUCCACCACAAAGCUCGAAACUUCACAAAGUAUGUAUUAAUUUCCAGAACGUCUUACUCGAGUGCCAUAAAGUUCUCUCUUUCUCGUACAUUGGUUAUCCAAUGCAAUACUACAUACACACCUCCACGCACAAAUCCAACCAAAACCGUGAAAAAUUUGCUAGAAAUGUAAACAAACAUCACACACAAAUACUCGAUACAAAUGAAAUUAAUCAAAACACAUGCAAUUGUGUACAAAGUCAAACUGUAGCUUAUUGCGUUCUCCCUGCUUAACCGAGUAAAUAUACAUAUUAAGAUCCCACAAGUAGCAAGAGAUGGUUGGUUCUAUGUAGGUGAUCCUUUCAUGCCGGAUGGUUUUUCCCGGCGUGUCAAGAACCCUCGAUUAGUAUAGGUCUUCGAAAUUCUGUUGUAAUUAAAAACUUUUCACAUUUGUUUAUCACUGAAUUUUAACAUUGGGCUGAACUCCGAUUAUUUAUUAUUUACUAAAUUUUAGUUAUUGGUUGCUUGUUAUAAGCCAUAUAACUAGAUUACGAGCAGCCAUUUUAUACUUUACAGCGCAGAGACAAACCGUAACAUUGGUAUAUGUGAUGCCAUGAAUAAUAAGGAAACAGCAAAAAAUAACCCAUCAAUUUAAGGUUCAAGUUACCUUUUUUGAGCAUGUGUUAGUUUUGAACGCUGGAUAGUAUGGGUAUGAAAAAUUGUGUUCAGCUUUGCCACCGGAUUAUACAUUUAAACCUUUUAAAAACACUAAAAGAAGAAUAUCAGCCGAUUUAUCAGAUCACAACGAUUCAAAUCAUACAAAAUAGCUGCUGGAAAAACUAUCGGUUUCGCUAAAUGGUGCUUUUGAAAAAGUGGCUGUGAUUUUUUGUCACACUACCACACCGUGCUGGGGCACGCAACACAACAGCGCAAUGAAAAAACCACAGCCACAUUUUCAAAAGCACCAUUCAGCUAAGCCGAUGGCUUUUCCGGCAGGUAUUUUGCAUGAAUUGAAUCGUGAUGAUUUAAUAAAUCAACUGAUAUUCUUCUUUUAGAGUUUUGAAAAGGUUUAAAUGGAUAAUCUGGUGGCAAAGCUGAGCACAAUUUUUCUUACGCACACUACCAAGCCUUGAGGUAACUUGAGCCUUAAUGUAGUUGUAUCAGCUCGCUUUACUAAGACAUCCAAUGAAACAAGAAAAAAGCAAAGGAAAUCUUGACAGAAAUGACUAGCAAUUAUAAAAAAAAACACUUUGAAGAAGAAAAAUGAUUGAUAGAAGUAAAACAAAAGGGACAACAUAAAAUCGUGGUCGCGUAAGAAAAAAUACACACAAGCGAAACUGAUUCAUUCUAAUAUAAACACGAAAAGUAUCAAUAAAAAAUGGAAAAAUUUUA